GGAUUUUUCUCUAUAAAAUUCACAACAACUAAAGUAAGCGAAUCUCUACUUAAAUUAAACUAAAAACACCAUUUAAAGCUAUCAAAAUUCUCCUAUCUUCCAACAUAAUUUUUGGACAGCACAAGGGUAGCACUAAGUGGAUUAAACUUCAACAAGCAGCAAUUAAGUGGGUAUUUCGAGCUUAGAGGAAUGGCCAUCAUACCAAAAUUUUUCCAGCUGCAGAACCAAACCUGGCAGGGGGAAGAGGCCGGUGGCAAUUCUACAGGGGAACUCACGGAAUUAACCCAAAAUUGGAAGAACAAACCAGGUUAGGGUGAACCCAACAUAAAUCAAGGUUAAAGAGUUUCAAGGCUAAUUCUUAUCGAAAAGACCCAAAAUUUCACACCCACACACCCACAACAGCUUGCCAACGGGAAGGAAGAACAGAGCAGAUCGACAGUUUCCAGCUUUAGAGGGAGUGUUCUAAGUCCCACAGCUUGUUCUUGCACAAGAAAGAGGGGAAAAUAUCCAAGCUUUGUCACCAAUUUUCAAGGAGGAAGUCGGCGGCUGGGGAGGCGCUUGUUGGGGAGAAAAAGAAGAAGAGUAGGUUGCAGAGAAAUUUCUGGAUCUGCUCUGCUUUUCCUCCCCCGUCCACCGAUGCUGCUAGGCACGAAAUUCUUGGCUUUUUCGGGUAGCCCGCCCCCCUGCAGAAUUGCCGCCGGUUUCUUCCUUCCACCAGGUCUAGUUCUGCAACUGGCUGGAAAUUCUGGUUUUGAUCGUUCUGUCACCGUAGCACUUGGGUUAAGCCUUUUAUUCUGUGCGAGUGAGCAUGAUUGGAAUGAAAAGGAGAAUUUCAUUGUUUUUCUCGAGUUGAGCAUGCCCACAUGAAAUUGUUUUCAAUUGCAUUGAAUAGAGCAUGCCUAUUUGGAAUUGACUGAACUGCUUUGAUGAACUGAGAAUUUUGUAAGUUUUGAGUUUUCUGUUAAAUCCAUGCUCACAUGGAAAUUUUUUGAUUUAUUUCUGAAAUUGGAGAUUGAUUGUGAAUUACGGAUUUUUUUAUAAAUCCUGCAUGGUUUUGUCUUUGAUAUAGUCAUGAUUACUGAUGCCCGCCAGUGGGAGUUUGUAAACGCUGGCACAUGUCGACAUGUUUACUGAUAUGACCGGUCCAUUCUGUAAGCCUGCCAAUAGGCGAAUACAUUGGUAAUUACUGACGCCUGCCAGUGGGAGUUGUUAAACACUAGUACCAUUACUGACGCCUGCCAGUGGGAGUUGUUAAACACUGGUACCAUUACUGACACCUGCCAGUGGGAGUUGUUAAACACUGGUACCAUUACUGAUGCCUGCCAGUGGGAGUUUGUUAAACACUGGUACUUCUGUAACCCUGCCAAUGGGGUUAAACAUUGGUUAUUAUUGACGCUUGCCAGUGGGAGUUGUUAAACACUGGUGCCAUUACUGACACCUGCCAGUGGGAGUUUGUUAAACACUAGCCAUGACUUAUAGAU